GGUCGGCUGUGGCUUUUAUGGUGUGUUUUAUGAAACACAAGAGUAAUAUAUUAAAAUAGAAAAAGAAAAGAACAAAUUAUUGACAGUUAUUGAUUUCAGACACAGUUAUUGAAGACUUCUACAAUAUUGAAACUUGAAAAGCAAUCGUGUCUGCUUUCACAGCCUUUCUCCAGUUCCUUGUAUUUUCACAGUGGAAGUAGAAAAUAUAUUUUUUUUCACGCCUUCCUGAAGAAGGGGUGUUGCUGUUGAAACUGUAAGAGGAAGGAACAUGCCGGGUAGAGACCUUAUUGCUGUCCAAAACCUGAGAAAAUGUAGUUGUUCAACGGAUUCACUGAAGCAAGACAAGCUACAGAGUUAUGGAGCCCCUAAUCAGUUCAGUGAAUCGCGCUGAUAACACCAGGACAAAAGCAGGAAGAGAACACAAUGUGGAUAAAAGGCCUGAUCAAGUAUGGAUGCGGCUGGUGCUUCUCUUUACUGUCAUCUUGCUAGUCAAGGCACUACUGAUUACAAGUGCCACCUUUUUACUGAGAGUGGAUGUGUCUGAAGACCUGCAGAAUAACAGAACUUGUGAAAGGAACAACAGCACAGAGAUAGAGAUAUUACAGCUUCGUGAACACCUCCAGAAGCUCACAGCGCUGCUUCAUAAUGUCACCAAAGACUCCAGAUGUCAGCUAUGCCCAAAGCAAUGGCACUGGCUCUGGGGCCACUGCUACUUCUUCUCUGUGGGCCUGGAGAAGGAUCGCAAGUGGGCAGAGAGUGUGGACUACUGCAGAGAGCACAAUGCCAGCCUGGCGGUCAUUCAAGAUGCCACUGAGAUGCAAUUUGUCCUGGGAUAUAUGAUGACGUUUUCCGAGACGCCAUUUCUCUGGCUGGGCCUCACUGACUCUCAGGAAGAGGGUGUGUGGAUUUGGCAGGAUGGGACAUCUUUUCACAAGCACAGCUUCAUAAAGCUGCAGUGGGACUCUGAGGAGAGAGACUGUGCAGACCUGAGGGGGAACGGAAGUGUGUUUGCCGCUGACUGUAAGGUGUACGGGCCCUGGCUGUGUAAGAAACCCAUGGAGCCAGAGAAUUACCCGACAUCAACACCAGCAUGACCACAUAAGGAGCAUAACAUGCAGAGUUUCUUGUCACUUAUAAGACACACCCUGCCCUGACAGUCAUUAGUGCAGUCUUGCCGGUUAGUGAGCAGAUUUUCACACUAGAAGUGAAAGUAAGCAGUGUUUCAAAAGCCCCUCUCCUGGGACGUAGCAUGUGCAGUCACUGCAGCACCUAAAUGGAUUUACGUCAUAUCCAAAUUAGGUGCACCUGCAAGGAGCCUGCUGGCCUGAAAGCAGUGAGUAAUGUGUGAGUGAAGUUUCAAUGACUUUUUAACCACCUUUAGUCAACAUACGAAAAAAAGUCAUAUGUCAAACUUUAUAGCCUCUAUGUUUCACAAAAAAAGCUGCAUAUUAGAGGGGACUAUGUGUUGAAGGAGGUGUAUUAAUUCAGUCAGAGUCACAUGGAUACAUAUUUACAUACUUUAUUCUGACAUUUAUAUUAAUCGAUUGCAGUCACUGAAAACAUAUAUUAGCAUUUCAUAUAUUAGUAUAUAUUCAUAUAAAGGUCACUAAAUCUUACUGAAUUACCAAUAAACAUAGUGGUAUAAGAGGUAGUGAUGCUCCUUCUCUUACUGUAAGUACUCUUUGUCGUACUCUGCUCUUAUCAAGUACAACAAUGUCCAUUAAAGUGAACAAUAAUAUUUUUGACAUAGACAUUAAAUAUGUACACCCUAGUGUAAUCAUUUGAGUUCACACUUUGACACACAUUAAUUCUAAAAUAAAGUGCAGCCAGGUAACAAUCAGAGUAAUAAAAGGACAACUACAGAGAAAUAGAAAAUACAGUACACACAUUAGCUUUUUAUGGUAUUUGUCUAGGAUUAAUCUGUAGACAGAUAAAUAAAUAAUUUGAUGAUGUUUGUAUAGUUAGAUUUACAUGUAAACAAAUAAAUAUGUGAAUAUUGUAUUUGAAUGGAAGGGUACACGAAAGACUAAAGGAAUGAUGAAAAGUUGAACAUAACUGAAGGAAAGCUCCAUACAUAGUAAACAAAUCAUAAAAUGAUAAUAGUGAACUUUUAUUUACACUCAUUUAAGCUUCAGCUAAUGAUUUUUACUGAAAGGAAAGGGAGGAAGGAACUGGUCACUGUGGGUCCUGCCCACAGAGAGGGCAGGGGAAAGAUGUGGUUGGGAUAUGGUGCCAGGCACUUUUGGGUAGGGGUAGUAUGGUGCCUACAGUCAAUCUGGCUACUGAAGUAACUAAUGUUUUGAAAAAGAUCCUAGUUAAAAGUCCACAUAUCUGCCCCUCUGGUAGUGAGGAGUUACAGCAUACCUGAGCUGUAUAUCACUGCUUUUGUAACAAAAGCUUAUAAUAUGAAAUGA